AUCCCGCCAUCCGUAGGAAACAUAACAUACACACAUCGCGUUCCUUUCCAGUGUGUGUAUUGUAUGUGUGUGUGUACUUGUGAGCUCAUAAUACUCAUCUGAGAGAGAGAGAGGGAGGGACAGACAGCGUGAACGAGAAGAAAGCCUGACGACAGAAACCAAUCAGAGCGACAGCUCGCUGUAGACAUCGAUCGGGAUUUAUUUAUCGGACCGAAACCGCCAUCUGUCUGUCAACCAUUAACCUUCAAAAAACCCCAGAGAAGCAUUAGGGCGUUUUGAAAUAUCGCCGACGACAUGGCUGAUUUCAGUAUUGAUCAGAACAACCUGCCUGGCGUUAAAGAGGUGUGCCGGGACUUUGCUGUGCUGGAGGACCACUGUCUGGCCCACAACCUUCAAGAACAGGAAAUCGAAAGUCACUUGGCGAGCAACGUCCAUAAGAGUCGUUUGGUACAGCAGGACCUGCGGGUGGCCAAGCGUCUGCAGGAGGAGGAAGACAAAAGGGCCAAAGCCGAGAGCAAGAAACAUCAUCAACACCUCGAACGUAUCGACAAUGAAAUAGCUCAGGAGAUUCAAGAACAACUGGUUCGGCAGGCUGAACAACUGAGGCAACAGGAGGAGAAAGAUGAGGCCAUCGCCCGCAAACUGCAGGAGCGGGAGAUGAAGGAGAGAAAACGUCAAAAGCAGCCAGAACCAAACUUUGAAGACCCGUACUUCGAAGACCAAGCCUCCCGACCUCCGCUGGACCCACGACACCAGCAUCCCGGUUCUCUUUCUCCGGGUUAUAAAAAAGAAAGGUAUCGGGACGACAGUAGUAGCCGAUCCCCAUAUGAUUCUUCUGACCCAGACAGAAAAAGAUAUCCCAAUAACGGUCACGCUACCCGAAACAGAUAUCCAGAAUACGACCCGUCGGAAUCUGGAUUAUUGAGGCCUCCAGAAAGUCCAGGGAGGGGGAGGUACCCAGAGUACCAUUCACCCGAGCGACGACCAAAACACUCAGAAGACUAUGCGAAAGAAAGAAACGCACCCCUAGAUCUCGAUUACAAAGAACCUCGCAGAAGAAAAAAACAGGAUUUGAUGGAAGAACCCAGAGACAACCAGGAACCUAUAGUGCGCAGAAAGGAAAAACCUACCAAAGAUUAUUCUGCUACACAGGAAAAAGAAAGGAAUAGGGAUAGGGAACGAGAAGGUAAUGGACAGAAAACUAAAGAAAGACCAAGGGAGAAAGACCACAGGGCAAGAAGUCGAGAUCGAAUGCUAAGCGGAGAUAGAGUUGAAGAAAGGGGCAGAAAUUUGGACAGGGAAAUGGACAGAAACGGCCAUAGACACGGUAGCAGAGAUAGACACAGAGAAAGAGUCAGAAAUGGGAAUAGAGAGAGACACAGAAGCAGGGAGCUGGAACUUGACAAUUACAAUCGCGAACCAAGUAGAGGACGGUCAGAGGAAAGCCUGCAGUGGGAGGACCACAAGAACAGACAAAGGCUACCAUCAGGUCCUAAUGAUGUGUUUGAGGAGCUAAAUCUUAGAGGUCCCUCAAAUGAGGGCCAUUCCUCAAGAGAAAGAGAGAGAGGCCGGAGGAUGCAUAGAGAGUAUGGAAUGACAGAAGCGACACAUGGCUUGGCAAACUUGGACCUACAAGACCAGGAGUUGAAAGACUUGGAAGUGGCACGCAGGUUACAGGAAGAGGAAAUUAAGGCAAGCCAAAUUGACAAACACGCCGCACAAGUUGCGCAAGAUGAGGAAUUAGCCCGCCGGCUGAUGGAGGAAGAGAAAAAAGAAUACAAGAGAUCCCGAGACAAAGAUAAACAUGCCAUGGAGAAAAAACGACAUGAACUGGAAUACAAGCCGAUGCAAGAGGAAGUCGUACGACCACGAACAAGGGAAGAAGUGUAUAGAGGAGAAGAAGUUUAUAGAGGUGAAGACGAGUACCAGAAACUACGACAAAAUCACAAACCUGCAAGGCCACCUCCACCUACACAUCACUACGAGAACAUAAACCCGAGCUACGCUUAUGUGGAGAGCCCCUACUCCCCUCGACCUCCGUCAAGACCAGAGGCGGCUUACAAAGGUGCCUAUUACAGACAGUGACCGUAAACCUCCCCCGCUGUCCAAUCACAAGCCGUUCCUUGCUUUUGGCUUGUUACUUUGCGAAUCAAUGAAGAGGGAAGGAUCAAAAACUGUUUGCGAGGCUUCCAACAAAAAUCUACUGACACUUUAUUUUUUUCUUAAAGUUUCUCCGUCAGCUCAAUGUAUCAGGUGAGCUGAAUUUGUCUCUUUGUGUCGUGAAAGAGUAUUUUAUCUCGGAGCUAUGAACUAAUGAGCGACAGGGACGGUUCCUGUUCGCUUUGAUGAUGUGAUGUCUUAUUGUGGAUGACUGGACAGGAGGGAUCUACUGCACAGCUCUAUGAAACAGCCAAUUUGUUUAUGCCAUGCUACUGAAGAUCAACAUUUGUUUUCUAGCACACUUUCUGAUUUCCAAGGAUGUUGUAAAAUGAAGGAUGCUUGAGUAUAUACAGCAUAGCUUUAUGCUAUAUAUUUAUUGAUUUGAGAGGAUAUAUUUUAAUAUUAUUUUCAAUUUGUCUUUAAAUGCUGAUUGUUUGACCCUUUUAACAAGACUGUUACUUCAAACCAGUGAUGUAAUUCAUUGACGAGAUCUACUUAAAUGCAAAGUUUAAAUAUCUCGAUUGAAUGCCAAUAUCUUGUUUAUAUAGCUUGUUAAUAUACUAUUCAUUGUAAUCGAAGCUAGACAUUUCUAGACAGGAAGUCAAUUAAAAUCACAAGGUGAGGCUCUUCAGUCAUGUAGCCUUCACAGUUGUUUCUAAAGUAAGAAUACGAUCAAAGGUGAUUUUUUUUUUUUACUUUUGGCAUCACUUCAUGGUUGUGCAUUAUUUGUGAGCAACUUCACGGAUACUGUGGGCUCAAGAUGCCCAGCCUUCGGGUGCCUCUGGGAUAUUUUUCCUCUCACCUACAGUGUCCAAAAAGUGUCAUCUCAUUUUAUCUACUCUGUAGGUGGGUAUAGCCCUACUGAUAUGAUCCAGUGUUCAAGUGCAUGCUAGCUGAAUGUGAACUCUGUCUGUGGGGUUGAGUCUUUACAAAUCUUGUUAUCUGGAAUCAAAAACAGUGGCCACAAAAUACAGCUCUACUCAUGUUUUAUUUUUAUACAUUUUUAUUUAUAGUUUAAAAACAAUAAAAAGUUUAAACAGG